AUGAAGGUGGUAGUGUUGGUGAUGAUCCUUCCUGAAAGUGUGAUAGAAGGGUAUCGAAUUGUGGACAUAAGUGGAUUUAGGUCAAAGGAAAUAACAGAAGUACACUAUAGCAGUAUCAUUUGGAUUUUGGAUAAUCUUAUUGUAUUUUCCUUGAUUCCUUGCAUAGUUUCUGAUGAAGAACAAUCAGUAGUAUAUGUUCCAGGAAUUUCUGCAGAAGGAAAUACCAGAUCAAGACAGAAGUUGAUGAGUCCAAAAGCUGAUGUUAAAGUUAAGACUUCUAGGGUGGCUGCUGCUUCAAGCUCCAUGGAGUUUUUAAAAGGUGCAGGAGAUUCAAUAGAUCAACAGAAUUUCCUUAGGGAAGGAAUAAAGAGUGCAUCAUUGAAGGAUUUAUGCCUUGAAGACAAAAGACGCAUUGCAAACUUAAUUAAAGAACUGGCCAGAGUAAGUGAGGAAAAGGAAGUGACAGAAGAACGACUGAAGGCUGAGCAGGAAUCAUUUGAGAAGAAGAUCAGACAGUUGGAAGAACAGAAUGAACUCAUCAUCAAAGAAAGGGAAGCUCUUCAGCUACAGUAUAAAGAAUGCCAAGAACUUUUAAUCCUCUAUCAGAAAUACCUGUCAGAACAGCAGGAGAAGCUCACCAUGUCACUAUCAGAACUUGGUGCUGCUAAAAAGCAGGAGCAACAGGUAUCCAAUAGGAAGAGUACUCUCCAGUCUUCAUCUGUGGAACUGGAUGGUUCCUACUUGAGCGUAGCCAAGCCACAAACAUACCAAACCAAGCAAAGGUCUAAGUCUGCAAACCAAGAGUCAGCUUCAGAAUCCCUUACCGAGUUUAGAAAUAAUUCUUUGAAACCAGCAGUCCUUCAUCAUCCCAACAAGGGUUUAGACAAGAUGCCAUCAGAGACCAGAACAUUUAACUAUUCAUCUCCAGGGAGAAAACCAGUGGAUGUAUUCCCUACAGAGAAAGCUCCACCAGAAGAGUUGAAGAUGAAAGAAUGUCCAGACCUUAAACCUCCAUCUAGUCAUUGUUGUGGUCAUAGACUUUCUGAAAAUUCUGAUCAUGUUCAUGAGAGCCAUCCUACAAAUAUUGCCCCUCACUGUUGUUCCAGGACACAUCUGGAAUCAUGCAGUUAUUGUGGUCUUUCCUGGACAUCUCUUAUGCAUAGUCAAAGAGCCCUGCAUCCCAGUGAAACUGAUGCCAAAAAGCAACUCUCAGAAGAUAGAAGGCAGCAACUUAUGCUUCAGAAAAUGGAGCUGGAAAUAGAAAAGGAGCGCCUUCAGCAUCUGUUGGCCCAACAGGAGACAAAGCUUCUCCUAAAACAGCAGCAGCUUCACCAGUCUCGACUGGAUUACAAUAGUUUAUUGAAGUCAAAACGUGAUGGCUGGCUGACUGAAACAUCACCAUCCAUCAAAAAGUUCCCAGAAUCCACUAGCAGUGGAGAAAACCGGAAAGGAAAGAAAGUAGUUGGAUUUCAGUCAGAGAUGGAUGAUGAUGCCCUAUGGACAUGUCAGAAGAAGGAUACAUGUAGACCACAAGGAGGUACAACAACAGGAUUUAGAAAAGAUGCAUCCACAUCUCCUAUGCUAACAGGAAGCCAAAAGGAGCUUGCAACUGCGGCCACGUCAUCGUUCCAACACAACACCUCCCGGUAUGAGACAUCUCUGUUGGAUCUGGUUCAGUCUCUGAGUUCAAAGUCUGCCCCCAAACCCCAGCCACGUCCCUCCAGAGAAGCUGGUGCCUUGAAUCACAAUACCUUCCGACUCAGUCUUCUAAAACAAACCCGGAACAAGAUGGGGGCAGCUAGGACCCCCGAAGAGCUGGAGGAGAAUCAGAUUCUGGAAGAUAUCUUUUUCAUUUGA